AAAAAUUAUUUUGUUUACUAUAAUCUAUUUUCUUGGAUUUUUGUUCCUGGUUGAAUGCUCUGCACCAAUGUUCGCUACGUGUUAGUUUACUGAAAGACUAAAAUCCUAAUAAAUUUCGGCCGAUGAUUUUUUAUAAGCAUUUGCUCAACGAUUCAUAAUGUACAGAAAGUCGGUUCGGAAGCUGUGCAACUACAGCCGUUUGUUUUGCAACAAAUCCUCUGACAAACCGGCAAGCCUAGGUGUCGAUAAAGUGCAAGAUUUACUAGAUAAUGCUGCAACGUUUGAUAACGUUCGACCGCACAAUGAACAGGACUCCUGGGCUACACUUCCGUACGUGGAAGGCACCCAUUUUCAUCGUAGUCAAGCGAUGAAAUCCACAAGACCUCGAAUCGAUCCCCGUGAAACCAGUAUAAUCCUCUUCCCUGGUCAAGGGACACAAUACGUCGGAAUGGCAACUAGACUGCUUAAAUAUCCUGGAGCACGGGAUAUUUUUGCUCUAGCAAACGAAGUACUAGGCUAUGAUUUACUUAAACUUUGUAAAGAAGGCCCCCAGAGUAAGUUAGACCAAACAGUCUACAGUCAGCCAGCCAUUCUGGUUUCUUCGUUGGCUGCAUUGGAACAACUUAAGGAAGAAAGGCCAAAUGCAAUCGAUAAUUGUUUUGCAACAGCAGGCUUUAGUUUGGGGGAGAUUACUGCAUUGGUGUUUGCGGAUGCCUUGCCCUUCGAUCGAGCUCUUCGAUUGGUACAGGUUCGGGCAGAAGCGAUGCAGUUGGCUAGCGAACGCAAUAAAGGUUUCAUGGCUACUGUUCUUUACAGUCCCGACGCGAAGCUGGGAAUAGCAUGUAAAGAAGCGAUAAAUUGGUGCAUCCAACGUGGAGUUGAAAGCCCCGAGUGCAAAAUAGCAAAUUAUCUCUAUCCCAGCUGCAAGGUCAUUGCUGGCAGUGAGGAAGCUCUCAAGUACCUUGAAGCCAACAUGAAACUGUAUGGCAUAAAGCGCAUCAAACGUCUUCCAGUUAGUGGAGCAUUUCACACCGAGCUGAUGGCGUCGGCAGUGGAACCGUUUGCCCAAGCAUUGAAAAAGAUCAAAAUACAAGAUCCUAUUAUAAGCGUGCAUUCGAAUGUUGAUGGCAAGCGAUACCGAAAUGCUGGUCACAUUUUAAACCAAUUACCCAAACAGAUCGUACGGCCCGUUAAGUGGGAACAAACGCUACACUGUUUAUUCGAACGAAAAGUUGGCGAAUAUUUUCCUCGAACAUUUGAAUGUGGACCAGGAGAAGGAUUAAAAGCAAUUCUAAAAAAAGUCAAUGCCAAAGCAUGGGACUCAACGUUUUGCAUACAGGCCUAAAAGUGAAAUAAAUAUAA